GCAGGAUGGCACUGUGGGCAAAGGCCAGAGCGUGGAUGGCAGGGCUGUGGCUGUCACUGCGUGGGUCAUGCCCACUGGGCACCAGAGCCGCUGCAGCCCCCAAGGCAGUGCUGCCCUUCGAAGCCAUGUCCUGGUGUCCCGGCAACAAGUGGAUGCAGAUGCUGCAGAUAUGGAAGGAGCAGGGCUCUGAGAACAUGCACCUGGACAUGCAUCAGACCUUCAAGGAGCUCGGGCCCAUUUGCAGGUACGACGUGGGAGGGAGACACAUGGUGUUCGUGAUGCUGCCCGAGGACGUGGAGAGGCUGCAGCAGGCAGACAGCCGUCACCCCCAGCGGAUGCUCCUGGAGCCCUGGCUGGCCUACCGACAGGCUCGCGGGCACAAGUGUGGCGUGUUCUUGCUCAAUGGGCCCCAGUGGCGUUUGGACCGACUGCGGCUGAACCCAGACGUGCUCUCGCUGCCAGCCCUGCAGAAGUACACGCCCUUGGUGGAUGGCGUGGCCAGGGACUUCUCCCAGACCCUGAAGGCGCGGGUGCUGCAGAAUGCUCGGGGGAGCCUGACCCUGGACAUCGCGCCCAGCGUCUUCCGCUACACCAUCGAAGCCAGCACCUUAGUCCUUUAUGGAGAGCGGCUUGGCCUUUUGACCCAGCAACCAAACCCUGACAGCCUGAACUUUAUCCACGCGCUGGAGGCCAUGUUCAAGUCCACCGUGCAGCUCAUGUUUGUGCCCAGGCGCCUGUCACGGUGGACGAGCACCAACAUGUGGAGGGAGCAUUUCGAGGCCUGGGACUACAUCUUCCAGUAUGCCAACAGAGCCAUCCAGAGGAUCUAUCAGGAGCUGGCCCUCGGCCACCCGUGGCACUACAGCGGCAUUGUGGCAGAGCUGCUGAUGCGAGCAGACAUGACCCUGGAUACCAUCAAGGCCAACACGAUUGAUCUCACUGCUGGGAGUGUGGACACGACAGCCUUCCCCUUGCUGAUGACUCUCUUUGAACUGGCUCGGAACCCGGAGGUGCAGCAGGCCCUGCGCCAGGAGAGCCUGGUGGCCGAGGCCCGGAUCUCAGAAAAUCCCCAGAGGGUCACCACGGAGCUGCCUUUGCUGCGGGCAGCCCUCAAGGAGACCUUGAGGCUCUACCCCGUGGGUAUCACCUUGGAGCGGCAAGUGAGCUCGGACCUGGUGCUGCAGAACUACCACAUCCCGGCCGGGACGCUGGUGAAGGUCCUACUCUAUUCCCUGGGUCGAAACCCCGCCGUGUUCGCCAGGCCCGAGAGCUAUCACCCCCAGCGCUGGUUGGACUGCCGGGGCUCUGGAAGCAGGUUCCCACACCUGGCCUUUGGCUUUGGCAUGCGCCAGUGCCUGGGGCGGCGAGUGGCCGAGGUGGAGAUGCUGCUUCUGCUGCACCAUGUGCUGAAGAACUUCCUGGUGGAGACACUAGUGCAAGAGGACAUAAAGAUGGUCUACCGCUUCAUACUGAUGCCCUCUACCCUCCCCCUCUUCACCUUCCGGGCCAUCCAGUAGCCCUGUCACCACACUGGUCGGGCCACUCACGCUACAAGCCCCUUUGCCGGACCCCAGCCACCCCUCUUUUCUCCUGUGGGCCCUGCCUUUAGAGUCCCAGCACCGUGCAGCCAGCACUGUGCACACAUGUAGCAGCACAGGCCCCGCGGGUCAGGCGUGCUGGCCUGCGCAGCAAGGCCGGGGCGGAGCUGGGGGUGAACCCCCCAGCCCACGCCCAGUCCCGCCAGUGCCUUCUCCAGCAAGGGGCGCCGUCUGAGGGCCUUUGACCCCAGUCACCCCAGCAUAAGCCCCAGGCCCCUUGUGUGGCCAUGCCAGCGACGGGCCUCAGACCACACCCUCUGCCUCCCUGUCCAGCCUUUGUACCGCCUGUGCUAAACUCUGCUCCCAUGCAAGAGCUGACAACUUGGGCAUGCUCUGUCCUUAUGGUUGCCAUUUCAAGUGCCGUCCCCUGGGCCUCCAGUGCUCUGGCAUGGACUUGCCUUCAAGCUGGUUUGUUGUCUGUCUAUCUAGCCUCUUGGGCUCACCCUGGCAGUGCCAAUCCUCUGCAAUUGUGGCUGAAGUGCCCAACCCAGGCCUGGACAGGCAGGUCGGGAGUCAGGUUUCCUAGAAGAGACGCUGCCAAAAGCCAACCUGGACAUCAGGGCCAAUGAUACUCAUUUGAGAGCAGGAGGGAUGGUGAACCCCUCUGGCACAAGGCAGGCCGACCAUAGAGAAGCCUCUAGAAGAAGGGUGUGGGGCCACCUCGAACAACUUCAGUAGAGACAGUCUGAAGUGCCCACUAUCCUCUCACAGUGAACCACAGCAGAGGGAGGGACCACCCUGAUUUCAAGGCUGGAAGAGGCUUUGAACCACUGAGAGCCAACUGGGAUCCCCUCGUUGUCAGGAACAAGCAGUCUGUCCCAUCCCACCUAGAGCCAGGUGACACCCCAGGUAGAAAGUGGGCCCAGAGUCAGGAUGAGGGGCGGUGGGGUCUCUCCACUCUCCCGCCCUCCCCACCCCAACUUCAUCUGCUGAGGAGCAGGCAGGCCGAGCGAGGCAGCAAGGUGGGAGAAGUGUUUCUGGCUGCACCAGCCCUGCCCCUACUGAGGGGUAGGGGAUCUCUCCACUCCCCCUGCCCCCAGUGAACCACCCCCCAGGGCAUCUGUUCGGUGCCAAGAUCCCUGGAGGAGGACAAGAGCUGCACACCUCGUCACCAAUCCAGUCUAUCCUCAGCGAAAGAGGCCUGCGGCCGCCAGUGUGAUCUUCUCCCACCCCAGACAGGACUGUUGAAAGGGACCCAGAGAUUCAUGGAGGAGGGAGGAGGUUCCAGAGUCUGUAGUCACACAGGCACAAGCUGGAGCCCUCGCCCAGCACACAGGCCCAGCCUUCAUUCCCUCUGAGCCCUGAGUUCUUCUUAUGGGAAUUCUGUAGAAUUACCAUUUCGCCAGGCCCACUGAGGCACGGUGAGAUGGGUUUUCGGGAAGUGCCCAGUUUUCUGGCUCAGCUAGCACUCAGCCUGUGUGAUCCUUUCCCAGUGCUCAGUGCCCUGCUCUGCAGUGGGUGGAGAAAGUGUGAUGACAGGAAUAGAAUGAAAACCUAGUCCCCUUGUGAAUUCAUGUCAUUCUGCCGAGCUUGGCACACAUGGAUGCUUGAUCCAUGUGCUUGAUCCUCUUAGGCAGCCCUAAGAGGCACGUGCUACGCUCAUUCCCAUUUUGCAGGUGAGAAAACUGAGGCUUAGAGAAUUCACUCAUCUGGCAGAGUCUCAUGGCGCUUCCACGGAAGGGGUACUGCUUGAAGCCAUGAGGACCGUCCGAUCUCUAAGGCCCUCAUUAAGGAACCGUGGUUUGGUAGUGCUCACGAAUGUUGUGGAGACAAACUCCAGCUAAGCAUCUCUGUCUGCUUUCCAGAUCCUCUCCUGGAUUUCCCUGUUUCUCCAGAUUUCCUCUUUCAAGUCUAUGGAGGGGUCCCUUUUCCUUUAUCCAGCUUGGAAUUUCCAGUGUCUUCCAGUGUGAGGCUCUGUCCGGCUCUUUCUGACAACCUGCCUGGUUAUUACUGCCUCGACAGUCUUCCGUGUGAUCCUCAUGAUUCCCACGCCUCUGCGUGUCUUUCACUGUAGCAGUGGUAGUGCCUUUAAGAAGCCCGAUGCCAAGAACUGGAACGCCCUCUAUGUUCCCUGUGCCACCGAGGUCUGGUUUGAGGCCGUGUCAUCUCUUGCCCAGGGGCUGUCGCUUUCCUAGAGCCACUCUGUGUUCAUUGCCCAGCCUCAGGUCGCCUCUGGGGCGUGAGUAGUGUAAAUCCUAGACCACCCUGAGGGCAUUGUCUCGGUUCUCGGGAGGGAACGGGGAUUCGGGGGUUCGUCCUCAUUCCACCUUGGAAAGCUCAGCUCGCUGCUCAACGCCUGACAGUGCUGAGGGCAGUUUGCAGUGUUAGUGUAGUGUUUUCAAGGUCUCGCCUCCACAUGGGGCUCUGUGACAGCCUAGAGAGGAGGGAAAGGGGGUGGUCAAGAGGGAGGGAACCAUGUAUACCUGUGGCUGAUUCAUGCUGAGGUCUGGCAGAAGCCAGCACAACAGUGGAAAGCAAUUGUCCUCCAAUUAAAAAUAAAUACAUUGAA